AGCAGGUAUAUUCCUCGCGCUGUGCAUAAGAAGCAGGGAACGUUCACCUGUAUGAAAGUACAUAGCAUAUUUUGAGCAAUGGGAAUAUACAAACAAAGACCCAAUCAUUGAACACUCUCCUAUUGGACAGUUCACUUAACUAGUUCUUUUUUCAAAGUGUCUUACAAGGCGGUGCCUCGACAAAUUUCAGAUCAGUCUGCUAGCACCAACGUGUACUAGACUGGUAUAAAUUCCUGUUCGCCGUUCAAGAUUUCAAAUACCACAAGAUAUGUCCAGCGAAGAAAACAAGCCGUUUGUGCAGUCAUUUUUGGGAAAGAAAAAAAUAACAUCCAGCGAAUUUAUUGCAAUUUUCCAGAGAUACGACCAAGAUGGAAACGGAAGCAUUGACUGUGCAGAAGUGGAUCAUUUUCUGAAAGAUCUUGCAAAGGAAAGUGGGAAUGAGUUCAAAGAUGAUGCAGAGUUCCGAGAAUUCAAGGCCAAGAUUAUCGGAAUGUACGAUGUUGAUUCAGACGGGAAGAUAAGCAUGUCUGAGCUUUCCAAAAUACUGCCUGCUGAAGACAAUUUCUUAGUUCGGUUUAGGGAAGAAGUCAAGUUGUCCAGUGUGGAUUUUAUCAAGAUCUGGUAUCACUAUGACACAGACAGAAACGGCUUUCUUGAUACUGCAGAAUUAGACGGUUUUCUCAGAGAUUUGUUCAGUGCUUGCGAUAAAAAAAAAGCUGUUACUCCGCAGAGGAUAUUUGAUUACCGGACGACAAUCAUGGAGCUGUUUGACUCCAAUAAAGACGGGAAGAUCGAACUCAACGAAAUGUCAAAAAUUCUUCCUGUUGAAGAGAACUUUUUCAGUCAAUUCGAGGGUAAACGAGAUUUAUCUAAAGAAGAUUUUGAUGCAAUUUUCCAACAUUAUGACAAGGACAAAAAUGGUUUAAUCGAAGACAGCGAGCUGAUUGCCUUUCUUAGAGAUGUGCUGCAACGUGAUGGUGGGACUCCGACGACAACUGAGCUGGAAAACUACAGAACAACAAUAUUGAAAGUUUGUGACAAAAACAAGGAUGGAAAAUUGAAUGCAGACGAGUUAAGGUUUCUUCUUGCUUCCAAAUAAGACUCCAUGGCACAAAGAGAAGAUUUGAACAGGAAGCGGCCUUUCCAGUCAUGUAUUGCACUGAUUCGGUAUGAUGGAAUGAGAGAAGAAUUUGUUGGUGUCUUUAAUGUGUUUAUUGUUGGUGACAUUUCAAAAUACGUAAGAAUAAUCAAACACGUGCUGUUGGCACUUGUAACAAAAACAUUGCAACAUUUAAUUUCUUGCAAUUGUAAGUUUUGCAAAAUAUCGCACACAGUAAUUUGUAUCUAUUCAUGCUUUGUUGUUUAGUUAUUUAUUGAAUAAAAAGCAUCAGA